AUGACGGCUUACUCAGUUGACAAUUCAACUCUGGGAGGUUCUGUUGUGAUACUACUAGCAACUACAGCCAACAGUGAAAUCCUGGACUCACAGGGAUUACCAUGUUCCCAGAACGUCUCGGAACAAUACAAGGAUUUCUACCUGACGGCCCAGUAUAUAACAGGAUUAAUCGCUUAUCCGAUCCUCUGUAUCAUUGGGAUUAUAGGCAAUCUUCUGGCUCUGCUGGUGUUUAGACAUCGAGAUAUGCGGACAUCAACAAACGUCUACUUGAUGUCGCUGGUUGUGUCCGAUACCUUGAAGCUACUCAAUGAUGUUAUGUACUUCAUCAUCGUGGCUAUCUCCCUCCACAACAGCAGUCUAUCGCAAAAGAUGAUGAGCACCAUGUACCCUGUAGCUCACUACGUGUUUAACAUGUCCGCAUGCGUGACAUCGUGGCUUACAGUUAGCGUGGCCGUGGAACGGUACAUCUCUGUCUGUCAUGCUUCUAGAGCAAAGGAACUGUGUACCAUACCUCGCGCUCGAUAUGUCUGUACCAUCGUCUUUGUGUUAAUGAGUAUUGUGGCUUUGCCGUCGGCUUUCAGAUACGAAAUGCGUACAGUGCACGAUCGAAGACACAACAUGACCUGCACACUUGUUCUUCCGACCCAUCUUGGAAGAAACACCGCAUUCAUGGUUCCUUACUCCUGGAUCCUUAACUCUUCACGCGGAAUUAUCCCAGUGUUCAUUCUAAUAUUUCUCAAUGUCAGAAUUAUAAACGAGCUUCGCAAGGAAAGGGUUAAAGGGAAGAAAUUCACUGCAAGAAAUCGGAUCACCCUAAUGCUGAUUGUCAUUGUGUUUAUGUUUCUGAUUUGUGUGACCCCUGAUGCCAUCAUGUCAACAGUGUUUGGUAAAGGGUACGUCGAUGAGAACUACCUCGUCAAAGGUGUCCGAGAGAUAACGGACACGCUUCUGUUGGUGAACUCUUCCGUCAGUUUCUUCCUCUACUUCGCCAUGAGUAUCGUUUUCCGAAGCACCUUCUUCAAGAUCUUCUGCCAGUUUUACCCGAAUUCAAAGGACUCCGAGGCAAUUCAGUUGUACCGGAAGUCAUCGUACAAGACAACGGACAAACAUAACUCAAGCCCGGAGUUCAUCGUUGGAGAAAAUGGUUGUACCACGAAAAACAAGAACAGGAACUGCACAGAGGAUUACUUGUAA